AUGACGAAACGUCUCCCGCAGAAGUGGAAGAACCCACUGCCCUACACGGAAUCCGAGCCGCUCUACCCCGCCCUCCCGCCGUCCCACCACCAGGACCCCAUCCCGCGGAUCUCCUCGCGGUACAACAUCGCCUUCGACAUGGACCCGGAGGCCCUCGACCGGAACCUGUACGACUUCCCGGUCUCGCCGACCGUGGACACGCUGUCCCGCGGGAGCUGCGGGAUCCCCAACAGCGACUCCGCCAUGUCGCUCGGCGUCGGACUGGGCCGCCUUGGCUUCUCCAUCUCGUACAAGGUGCAGGACCAGGAACUGUCCGUUCUCGUCGUCGGCGCCUCCAAUCUCCCUGCGAAAGAGUUCGCAAACCUUGGAUCAUGUCCUGGCUGUGUGGCGACUGAUGCAGUGAGGAAGGGAUCCGCAGACCCGUACGUGAAGAUCACGAUCCUGCCGGAGAAGUCGCCCAAGUACUCGACGAAGGUGAAGCGGAACUCCCUGAACCCCGUGUUCGAGGAGGAAUUCCCCUUCGCUCUCCGCAAGGGGCAGAUCAACGGGAGGGUGCUCAAGAUCACGGUCUGCGACUACGACAAGUUCUCGCGCAGGUACACGAUCGGCUACGUGUGCUUCCCGCUGAGCGAGGUGGGACUGACGAACGAAACGACAGAGGACAUCCGGACGGGCGAGAUCUGGAGGGACAUCAAGGAAGCGGUGGAGUUCACCAUGGCGGAGCUGCACAAGGGGGAGCUGCUGCUCUGCCUCAAGUACGAGCCCGAGCCGGGACUGCUCACGCUGGACGUCAUCCAGGCUCGGGAGCUGAAGCUGUACGACAAGGACACGGACUCGGUGUACGCGAAGGUGACGCUCCACGAGGGGAAGCGGGUGAUGAAGCGGAAGAAGACGGUGACCCGGAAGAAGACGGAGGACCCGAUCUUCAACGACACGUUCACGGCCCCCCUCCCUCGAUCCUACCUCUCCGAUGUCUACUGCACCGUCUCCAUCUGCUCCAAGAACCGACUCGGAAUGAAGAAGCAGCUGGGGAAGACGUCAGUGGGGCCGUUCUCGUACGUGUCCGGAUCCGGGCUGGAUCAGUGGAACGACAUGAUCCACACCCCCGACACGAAAAUCAGUCAAUGGCACCGACUUCAGUGACGUCACGGUGACGUCACGCUACUUCAGCUCAUUUCUCCUUCCUCAUAUUUACCUCUUCUUUCUGAACCGCGAUUGUUCUUCGGUAUCUCUGCAUAGUAAUAAACAAAGGGUGGAUCGGAGGGCCGAAAAUGCCCGAUUGAAGACUCGCGAAUGAUGCGAGAAGAUGCUCUUAACCCUUUCCCUCUUCGAUUAUGAUUUUUUCGAGGUUGUAUGUCUCCAAUGCACAUAAAAAGGGCUUUGGGAAUGUCAUAGAUGCGAGGACUUUGAGCAGUUCUUAUGCGGUACCUGUGAGUAUUGCCACGAACUUAAAAACUGUUUGCCUUGUGG